AUGUCAACACAACUUCUGGAACCCCUGGCCCCCCUAACACCCUCCCAAUUCCAAGCCGUCGCAUCCCAAUGUCUAUCCCUCCAAGCCCAAGCCCAAGACCUCCACUCCAAACGCCCCUUCGCCGCCCUCCUCCUAGCCCCCGAUAACACCACAACCCUCAUGACCUCGCACUCCCUCUCGCACGUCCGACACGCCGAGUCCGAACUUGCGCGCAACGCAGCAGACAAUUACGACUGGGACUACCUGUCCCGCUGUACGCUGGUGUCGACGUGGGAACCGUGCGCCAUGUGCAGCGGCACAAUCUACUGGGCGCACAUCGGGCGGCUGGUGUACCUUGCUUCGGAGAAGGCGUUGCAGGGUGUGAUCGGGGACGGGAACGAGGAGAAUCUGACGAUGGAUUUACCUUGUCGCGAGGUUCUGGGGAGGGGCCAGUUUGCGGUGCAGGUUGUGGGGCCUGUUGUUGAGGGCGGGUGGGAAGAGAAGGUUGUGGAGGAUAGUCGCAGGUAUUGGGAUGCUGCCGGGUGGAGCCUUUACAUAUGA